AUGGAAAACUAUCGUCCAGUUAGUCUCACAGGCGUCUUGUGCAAUGCGCUAGAGCAAAUUAUCGGAACCCACUUAUGUGAACACCGCACUCAGCACCGCUUGCUGAGUGCGGCACAGCAUGCGUUCCUGAAGGGAAAGUCUUGUCUUAGCAAUCUGUUGCACCUUUUAGAUGAAGUCAAAGCGAGAUUGGAUGAGGGUAAGGAAGUGGAAGAAAGCAUUGGGCCUGUCGAAGGCUUGGGGUCUACACCCACAAUGGACAAUCUGGCUCCGGCAAUGGUUGUUGGGCAAGGUUGUAUCCGCCGUUUAGAAUACAUGCGUCCGCAUUCCCCACCAGGUUGA